UAACCAUGUGGUAAUUACAAAGAAAACAAAACACAAACAAACACUUGUUUUCCAUCUUCUUCCCCGCCCUCUUGUUUUUCAUUCAACAUUAGCUAUGGUGACAACCUUACUUCUACUUUCUCUUCUUUUCAUCGUUGGUUUCCUUCAUAUUUACUUUGCUUUUUCUCCCAAUAAAUUUUAUGCUUGGCUUCAAUCCCUUUUCCCCAACCCAUGUUCUUCCUCCUCUUCUGUAAAUUUGAAAACAACCCAGAAGGUCUCGGUUAUGGAACGGACUGAUCCCAAUAAACUAGAGCUGAAUAGGGUAUUCGCCACCUUCGACAAGAACGGCGACGGAUUCAUAACGAAGCAGGAGCUAAGGGAAUCAUUGAAGGCCAUCAGCUUUUGUUUGACGGAGAAUGAGGUCGAAGAAAUAGUUGUGAAGCUGGAUUCAAACGGCGACGGAUUGAUCGAUUUCGACGAGUUUUGCGCCCUGUGUAAAGCCAUUGACGACGGCGAUUUCGGUAAUAACGGCGGGGAGGAAAGUAAAAGAUCGGGGGAAGAAGGGAAUGCAUACGAGGGUGAAAUUCUGAAGGAAGCUUUCGAUGUGUUCGAUAGAGACAAAGAUGGGUUGAUCACCGUCGAGGAAUUGGGAUCUGUGUUGAGUUCUUUGGGGUUGAAAGAAGGAGACAAGGUGGAAGAUUGCAGAGAGAUGAUUCGAAAAGUUGAUGUCAAUGGUGAUGGCAUGGUUGAUUUCGAUGAAUUCAAGACGAUGAUGAAAAAUGGAGGACGAUUAGCUUCCAUACCAGCUUUUUGAUCUCAAAUCUCAUCGAUCCAUCAAUCUACAGGUGUUUUUUUUUUUGCUUUUCUAAAUCUAUAUGUUGGAUUUGUUUCCUUUUAAUUACCAUUUUGAACCUUCUUCUUCUUUUUAAUCAUUAUUAUAACCUUUACAACACAAC